AUGGCCCCGAAACCGACGGCGGCGGAGGCGCCAGAGGAGCCACAGAGCGAUGGCUCCAAGCUCAAGACGUUUGUCGGCAUCCUUAGAAAGUUCAUCGGCGUCCCGGACCUCGCAGCUGUUCGCUUCUCCCUUCCAUCACAACUCCUUGAGCCCACACCCAAUCUCGAGUACUGGAACUACCUCGAUGCACCGAAUACAUUCAUCGCUAUUGGUACAUCCGACGAUCCUGUCGAUCGUAUGCUAGAGGUUCUGCGUUUCUGGUUUACAAAGGACUUGAAGUACGCCAAGGGCCGUCCGUGCAAGCCAUACAACUCAUGCCUUGGCGAGUUCUUCCGCUGUAACUGGGAGGCCGAGGACAAUGCACCCAGGAUCAACACAAAAGCCAUAACAGAUGGAACCCCGGAUGGCAGCAGGCCUGGCAGCGGUGCCUCAAGCUUGAAGUCGAAGAAGAAUGUCCCGGCAGCUCUCGGGGUUGCUGCUGGCGACUCCCGCGCGGCCUCAAACCUGUCGGUGGCGCAGACCGGCACGAACCCUCAGAACCCCACCGUGAGAGUUUCAUACCUCACCGAGCAGACGUCUCACCAUCCCCCCGUCAGCGCCUUCUACAUCAGCUGCCCGGAGAAGGGACUUCAUGCGCGCGGCUUUGACCAGAUCACAGCCAAGUUUACUGGCACGAGCAUCAAGGUAAUGCCCGGCGAGCACAACCUUGGUAUCUUUGUCACGCUCGAGCGCCACGACAACGAGACGUACCAGCUCACACACCCGGCCGCCCAUCUUGGUGGCUUUUUGCGUGGCGGUCUUAACGUUACCGUGGGUGACAUGUGCUUCAUCACGUGCCCUAAAACCAAGCUCAAGGCUAUUCUCCGCUACUAUGACGAAGGCUGGACGCGGUCGACCAACCAAGUUGAGGGCAUCAUCUUUAAAUAUGACCCAGAAAACGACACCAAGGUUAACAUCAAGGACGUGGCGGAUGAGGAUAUCCUGGUGAGGUUAAAGGGCCCAUGGAAGGAGAAGGUCGUCUUUACCAUGGGCCCGAAGCCAGUAGCUUCACACCCACCUGAGAAGCAAACAACUAUCAUUGAUAUUGGACCACUUAGCGUGGCGCCCAAGUCAUUGCCACCCCAAGAGAUGCAGCUCGAGAACGAAUCUCUGGAACUGUGGCGCGGGGUAACAGAGGCCAUUAACGCAAAGCAAUACUCCAAGGCUACAAACGUCAAGAUUGAGCUCGAGGAGAAGCAACGCGAAAAGGCACGUGAGCGGGAGCGCACUGGUGAGCCUUUCAAGCCCGUCUUCUUCGAGCAGGUCACGGACAAGGGCGGUAAGCCGCAACUUACCGAGAAGGGCCGCGCCGUGCUGGAGAGGGCACAGAAGGGAGAAUGGAGCGUCGAGGGUAUACUGGAUGUGCCCAAGCCCAAGCCCGCGUCAAGCUGA